CGAUUCGCACAGCACUCUGCCUGCCUGACUCACGAGCUCCAUCACACUCGUCCGUGACAUCUCCAGCGCGCGUCUGGUCUUGUGUUGCCUGGCUGCUCAAAUGGCGUCGAGGGUGCUACUCCUCUGCGUUUCGGUGGUCCUCGCUGCGGCGGCUGCUGCCGAGGCCAGGGACUUCGUUGUCGGCGGCGCCAACGACGCGUGGAAGGCGCCGGCACAGCCCGACGCCCUCGCCAAGUGGUCCUCCGCCAACCGCUUCCAAGUCGGCGACAAACUCGUGUUCAAGUUCGCCGGCGCGGCGGACUCGGUGCUGGAGGUGACCCGGGACGACUACAACCGCUGCAGCACGGCGUCCCCGCUCGCGGUCCACAAGGCGGACGCCGGCGCCGGCGCCGCCACCGUGCCGCUGUCCCGCUCCGGCCCGUACUACUUCGUCGGCGGCGCCCCAGGGAGCUGCCAGAAGGGCGAGCGCCUCCUCCUCGUCGUCAUGUCCGACAAGCACGGCCGUGGCCGCCUGCGGGGCCUUGCCCCGGCGCCCGAGCCGGCUGCUGAGUCGCCGUUUGCAGCCAGCUUCGUCGGGGGCCCUGCCGCGGCGCCGGCGCCGGCCACCGGGGCCGCGGGGAGGACGGCGGCUGCCGGGAACACCGGCGGCGCUCUGCUUGUCGGCGCCGCUGCGGUUCUUGGGGCGCUGCUGGUCUGGCGCUAGUCAAAGUGGGGCAGCGUUUUUUUUGGGAGAUUAAUUCUUUGAUUCGUCCUGCUUGCUAAGCUCGAAGAGAGAAAGAAGCAAUCUGCUGCUUCUUCUGUCAGUGAUGAUAAAUCAUAGAAGGAUAAUUCAUCGAUCAUGAUGUGGUUUUACAUCAGCAUUCCAUUCU